GGAUUUUGGGUGAGAUUUGGGGAGAAUGCUAGAUCAUCAUCUGGCAACACUGAUUAUCUAUUAUGUCAUUGUCAAAAUUGUUUAUUGUUGGUUGAUCUUCAAAUUUGAUUUAGCUGUAGUUCAAUCUUAUAUUUUAUAUCCUAACUAAACAUAUUAUAAGGCAAUACAAACUACAUACUGAUUUCAGACUUACUUUGAUCUUAAACUUACUUACCGGCCUCAAAUUCUUGAGUAACCUCUGCAAAUAUGAGCCAGAGACGUACAAAGAGGUCCACCCAAGCUGAACAAGACAGAUCUACGGCCGCAGAAACCGAUGUCUCUAAUCAUGAAGACUCCAUCAAAGAGUGUGUACGCUAUAUCAUCUGUCGGGAAGGCAGCAAAAUACCAAUAAAGCGAGCAGAAAUUAUUAAACACCUUAGUACAACUUGUCAAACGCCUUCGAACCUGGUGAAAACGGUAUUGGUUGAAGCAGAUAGAAUACUUAAAAGAGUGUAUGGUUACAAGUUGGUUCAGGUUGAGGCUAAAAGUGGUAUACAGUACAUUGUGGUACUGGCAGAGAAAUAUGAUUCUUUGCCGAGCUUUUCAUCUGCUAUAGACAGCCAACACCGGACGCUACUCAUUGCUGCCUUAAUGCACAUUUUUAUGAGCGGUGCAGCUGUUAAAGAAGAUGAAAUGUGGAAGUUCCUGAUGGAAGCUGGACUAUUGGAAGAGAAUGACAAUGCAGGACGGAAACUACUUACCACUACAUUUACUCGGCAGAUGUAUUUACAAUAUCGUAAGGUUGGAGAAGGUGACCUAGCAAGAUAUGUAUUUACUUGGGGCCAACGUGCCAUUGAGGAAGUUCCUAAAAUGUUCCUUUUAGAAAAAAUGGCAGAGGCUUUUGACAAAACUCCCGAUCAUUGGUGUGAACAAUACAAGGAAGCAACAGAAGGAAAUGCAGUAUAAAUAAUACAUUUUGAAAAAAAAAAUAAUUAACUAAGUGGAAUGUUAGCUCUAAGUUUUUAUUUUGUAAUUGUUCCAAAACAUGUAUGUAAGCAAUUAUAUUUUUGUUAGGCCACCGCAUUUUGUUAAAAAAUUGUUGAGUAUUUUAUAAGAAUAUCUAGUUCACCUGCACAAUAUCUGUUAGUACUACUACAACAAUGUUCUACUGAUUAGGAUUAACGUGAUUAUAUAAAAACAAUACGAUAUGUAUUGUUAUUUAAAUGUA